AUGGCCGACGCCGAAAACGCGACAAGGGCGCCUGAGAGCGAUGCCCAGGAGACAGUCGCCCCCGCCGCUGAAGCUCCCGCACCCGCUGCUGCCGCCCCCGUCACUGGCGAGCAUUGCGUCACCGAUCGACCUACUCCGUCUGGCCAGUCGUCCACCGGUGAAAUCAUCAAGCUCAACGACAUCGACGUCUAUAUCUCCAAGCCGGCCGACUACCCGCACGCGCCCGCGCGGCUGCUGCUGCUGCUCACGGGCGGCACGGGCAUCCAGUCCGUCAACAAUCAGAUCCAGGCCGACCGCUUCGCCGCCGAGGGCUUCCUCGUGCUGAUGCCCGACAUCUUCGGCGGGGACGCGGCGCCUGGCGCCGUCGCCAUCGCCGACGACACCUCCUCGUGGCUCGAGCACAUCAAGCUCAAGGCCGCCGAGGUGACCAAGUCGUUCGUCAUCGACAUGUGGCUCGCCCGCGUCACGCCCGACCGCGUGUUGCCCGUACUGCACCGCGUCCUCGACGCCGCCCGCGACCAGUACGCCGACGCCGUCAAGCACGGCGACGGCGUCUACGCCGUCGGCUACUGCGUCGGCGCGCGGUUUGUCCUGCUGCUCGGCAAGAAGACGACCACGCCGGCGGUGGACGAGGAGAGCGGCCCGACGACGGCCGGUCCGUACAUCAAGGCCGGCGCGCUGGCGCACGCGGCGUCGGUCGCGCCCGAGGACUUUGACGACGUCUGCGUGCCGCUGAGCCUUGUCUGCGUCGAGGACGAUCCGCUGUUCUCGGACGAGGUCCGCACGCUCGGCGAGGACGCCAUGUCCAAGGCGAACCUGGAGCACGAGGUCCAGGUGUACCCGGGCGUACCACACGGCUUCGCGGUUGUUGGCGAGUACGCAGAGGUCUCGAUCAAGAAUACGCAGGCGACCGCCUAUGAGCAGAUGCUGAAAUGGGUCAAGGAGCACUAA